AUGGCGACUGGUUCUAACACUACAGCAGGACAGCCGGACUGGACUGGACUGGACUUCGUGGCGGGGCUGGAUCUGGAUCUGAAUGCCCCCCCGCACGAUGGCACGUCCGCAGAACUAUGCCCGGAGCUUUCUAUGGACAACUUCAAUGAAGCCAUCGACCCCACAUUGGAGUACAAUGGGUCUUUUGCAACUCCUAAGCUUCCAGCACAAGCUGAACAAACGUUUCCCACAUAUGGAGCGAAUCCGCAAUUCGUUUCGCCUCGCAAUCUGGCCUCGACUCCGGCUCAGUCCCAGCUACUGUACCAGAGUCCCAGUAGACGGCUUUUACCACCAAAGCAAUCUCAGCAAGCAGGUCAAGCCCAACCCAGACUCUCUGCAACACCUCAUCAGUAUGGUCCAUUGCCUCAGUACAUGCAACCGUACGCCCCCAUUGCCAACGGUUCUUACCAGUCUCAAAGUCACUACCCAGAUGUGGGCAUCAAUGGGCACCAAGGUGCACUUUCGUUUCCCCCAAACCCCCCUGCUUAUGGUCAAGUGGUAGGAUAUCCCGCUCAUGGUAUGCCUGUUCAACCAGCUGUUGGCACCUGCCUACAGUGUGGUCGCAUGGCCCAUUAUCCUCCAUGCGCCCCCCUCCCAGCCCAAGCCUUGAAGCCGAGACGGACAAAGCCGGCCCUCAAGUCUAGAUGGAUGGACGAAGAGGAGGAGAAGGAGGAGAGUGACGAGUGUCCAGAGGAUCCUGCAAAGAAGAGCAGCAAGAACGCCAGUCGCCUUAAAAGCCGUGCCACCAAGGCAAAGGCCGCCAGAAGGAAGAGGAAUCAGCAAGUUGUGGACCCCAGCUCCCUCCCUUACCCGCCUUUCGAGCAGCUUCUUGCCUGGAACACUAAGGAUGGCUGCGAAAUCGCUUACCUGCCGGCAGGACAAUUGGAUGAAGAGGUCCUUUUCACUGCCAAGGAGCUGCGCGACUACCUACAGCAAUGCCCUCGAAGGCCCAAAAUCUGGCUUCAAAACACUCCGUCAAAAUGCAAAGGCCGACACAUUGACGCUGACGUUAAAUGUCGCUAUUCCAAAUGCCCCGCAAAAAACGGAACAAUUCUUCACGGCUGGCAUCGUGUCGCCUUUGACGAGUUCCCCGAGAUGACCAGUGAAGGCACCAAAGAUCCUUUCAAGAUGGCUGGUGUGAUGCAUCUUUGGUGUUUCGAGCGGUGUAUCGAUCCGCUUGAGCCUAUCGAAAAGGAAGUUCUCUUCCCAGAUGAGCGCGAGUUUCCCAAGGAGAAAUCGAACCGGAUGGCGAUCACCAGAGAUGACUACAAAGAUGUUAUCGACGAAGCUAUAAAGCCCUGGAUCAAAGAGCGUCGAAGGGUGGGGGUCAUACAGCCUCCUUACAGCAAGCACGAAGAUACUCUCUCCUGGGCAUUAUGCAACUUCCACAUCAAGAAUCAGAACCGGGCCCGCGAGAGGAUGCGUGAACAGCGGAACCAAAACAGGCUAGAUGACGAAAAGAAGACCGUGGAGCUCAUCAUGGGCGAUCUCUCUGAGUACCACAGAAGAUUAGAACUUUCCAAGACCAGAAAGAGGGCCAUUCUGCUUAUGCAGCAAAACACCCUGUAUGAGCAGCAACACAACCUCCUGUAUGGGCCAAUAGUUGCUCGACCUAUGUUCAAGCCAGAGCCACCAGUGCGCGAGGAGAUUGCAGUCUAUGUGCCAGAAUGCGCGGCACAAGAUGAAGAAGAAAUCCCGCCACUAAACCCAGACCUCAUCUCUGAUGCCGAUAUUGCUGCUUUCAUCAAGGAAUGUGCUGCGUCUGCUGACGCUGCUGAUCGCCCUCUUACGCCACAGAGCCUAGGCGCAGGCGUUCAGGUAUUGGAGUCUCCUUCCAGCGUGCUCCCUCACUCGCCUGUAAAGAUUCAAAACAGCAUUACCAUCCCUGGUUCUCCCGCAGUUCAGGAGAGCUCUCAUGUUUCAACGGACUCUCUGUUUGGUUCUCCUACAAAGACUCAAGAGAGUACCGCCAUCCCUGAUCCUAUCACGGUUCAGGAAGGUUCUCUCACUGAGAGCGUAUCAUCACCCAGGUCGCGCAAGCGUUCACGGACUGAGGAGGAUGCUGCUGCCCCUGAAGCUAAGAAGAGAAGGCAAACACCUUCUCCCACACUUCGCUCCCCGAAAGAUAGCUCACCUUUGAGAAGAAGCAGCAGGGUUUCCCUAGGAAGCCGCUCGUCUCCGAGGAUAAACAGCGGGUCGGCCAAGAAGGUCUCUAUGUAA